AUGUCAAUUAUGGACCAUAACCCCACCACAGGGGUUGUUACAGUAAUCGUCAUCCUUAUUGCCAUUGCAGCCCUUGGUGCCUUAAUUCUGGGUUGCUGGUGUUAUCUUCGCCUGCAGAAGUUCAGCCAGUCAGAGGAUGAGGAGAGUAUUGUUGGAGAAGGAGAGACCAAAGAGCCUUUUCUCUUGGUUCAGUAUUCCGCCAAAGGACCUCGGGUGGAGAAGAAAACCAAGCUAACCCCUAACGGCACGGAAUCUCAUAGCUGA